AUGUGUCGCGCUGCUCACAGCCAGCGCUCCAGCAGCCCCGCGACUGCAAGUCCCAAGUCCCUGGACGAUCAGGGAUCAGGAUUUGGGACUAUUGACAAGUCAAACGGAGAUCAUCAACGAGGAUCGUUCUGCGUGCACGAGUUAACCGCGGCGGCUCGGGAUGAAACAGGCUGCGGUCUAGUGGCUUCUGCCGGGCUUCUAGUGCCCCUCGAACCGGUAAACCCUCCGAAUUGCCGGUCCCUCAAGGAUGAGAAUCCCUGA